CGCACUGGCCCGCGCCCAGCCUCCGGUAGGGGACCCCCUCCAUGGCUUCCCACCGGGUUGUUCCAGGCCUCAGCUUCGCUGAAAGGCCUCACCACCUCCGACCUCCGCCUGCCCUGGGGAUGCUCCCAGCCCUGCUGCGGCAGAACGCGACGUGCUAACCGGAAUCCCUAGGCCGCCUGUCUCCUACCCAUACUUGGAGGCCCCGCUCAGACGGUCCUUAAAACGUCUGAAAGGCCGUUCCUGCCAGAGUCCCUGCUACCUGUUACCUCCACCCCUAUUUAGUCCUAGUGGACAGCCUCGCUCACCUUCCCUGGGAUGACACUUCUGGCGGCUGAGAUGAGCGAGCCUCUCUGGGUUCUGCCGCCGGGCGUGGGCUGACCUGCCUACAGCUGGGGCCUGAUAAGGCAGCAGCAAAAGGGUGGAGGGGAGGCAGUGUUGAAGCUGGGGCAAGUAAUUUUCCCCAAUUUACAGGGAAAAACCGAAAUUCAGAAAAGUUUAAUGUCACCCAGGGGCUGGAACCCAGACCUCUGGCAGCUCUCACUUUCACAAUGCCCUUGGGCUGACUAGGCUGCAGAGGGGUUUCACCCCAACCCCAGGGCACCUCAAGUGUCCCCACCAAACCUUCCUAACACCUGUCCACUAAGUAGGGAGGCCUCUCAGGGGGCUAGCUGUACUAGGCCCUUGCAACUGACCUAUGGGACCUGAGGCCUGGCCCCUCAUGGCUCCUGUCACCAGGUCUCAGGUCAGGGUUCAGCAGGCCCUGACCUGACGUGUGGAGCCAUAGCCACCCAAUCCCGUAGGGACAGGUUUCACAACUUCCCGGAUGGGGCUGUGGUGGGUCACAGUGCAGCCUCCAGCCAGAAGGAUGGGGUGGCUCCCACUCCUGCUGCUUCUGACUCAAUGCUUAGGGGUCCCUGGGCAGCGCUCGGCAUUGAAUGACUUCCAGGUGCUCCGGGGCACAGAGCUACAGCACCUGCUACAUGCGGUGGUGCCCGGGCCUUGGCAGGAGGAUGUGGCAGAUGCAGAAGAGUGUGCUGGUCGCUGUGGGCCCUUAAUGGACUGCCGGGCCUUCCACUACAAUGUGAGCAGCCAUGGUUGCCAACUGCUGCCAUGGACUCAACACUCGCCCCACACGAGGCUGCGGCGUUCUGGGCGCUGUGACCUCUUCCAGAAGAAAGACUACAUACGGACCUGCAUCAUGAACAAUGGGGCUGGGUACCGGGGCACCAUGGCCACGACCGUGGGUGGCCUGCCUUGCCAGGCUUGGAGCCACAAGUUCCCGAAUGAUCACAAGUACACGCCCACGCUCCGGAAUGGCCUGGAAGAAAACUUCUGCCGUAACCCUGAUGGCGACCCCGGAGGUCCUUGGUGCUACACAACAGACCCUGCCGUGCGCUUCCAGAGCUGCGGCAUCAAAUCCUGCCGGGAGGCCGCGUGUGUCUGGUGCAAUGGCGAGGAUUACCGCGGCGCGGUAGACCGCACGGAGUCAGGGCGCGAGUGCCAGCGCUGGGAUCUUCAGCACCCGCACCAGCACCCCUUCGAGCCGGGUUCCUCGAUCAAGGUCUGGACGACAACUAUUGCCGGAAUCCUGACGGCUCCGAGCGGCCAUGGUGCUACACUACGGAUCCGCAGAUCGAGCGAGAGUUCUGUGACCUCCCCCGCUGCGGGUCCGAGGCACAACCCCGCCAAGAGGCCACAACUGUCAGCUGCUUCCGCGGGAAGGGUGAGGGCUACCGGGGCACAGCCAAUACCACCACCGCGGGCGUACCUUGCCAGCGUUGGGACGCGCAAAUCCCGCAUCAGCACCGAUUUACGCCAGAAAAAUACGCGUGCAAGUGAGGUGGGGGGGUGGGGCGGGCGUUGGGACGUGCUGCUGCGGGUGAGACGGGAGGAGGGUAGUCACCGGCUUAGGGCUGGAGGCUGGCGGGCUAGGGCUGAGUGGAGCGCCUGCUUAGAGACCUUCGGGAGAACUUCUGCCGGAACCCCGACGGCUCAGAGGCGCCCUGGUGCUUCACACUGCGGCCCGGCAUGCGCGUGGCCUUUUGCUACCAGAUCCGGCGUUGUGCAGACGACGUGCGGCCCCAGGACUGCUACCACGGCGCAGGGGAGCAGUACCGCGGCACGGUCAGCAAGACCCGCAAGGGUGUCCAGUGCCAGCGCUGGUCCGCUGAGACGCCGCACAAGCCGCAGUUCACGUUUACCUCCGAACCGCAUGCACAACUGGAGGAGAACUUCUGCCGGAACCCAGAUGGGGAUAGCCAUGGGCCAUGGUGCUACACGAUGGACCCAAGAACCCCAUUCGACUACUGUGCCCUGCGACGCUGCGCUGAUGACCAGCCGCCAUCAAUCCUGGACCCCCCAGACCAGGUGCAGUUUGAGAAGUGUGGCAAGAGGGUGGAUCGGCUGGAUCAGCGUCGUUCCAAGCUGCGCGUGGUUGGGGGCCAUCCAGGCAACUCACCCUGGACAGUCAGCUUGCGGAAUCGGGCCAGCAUUUCUGCGGGGGGUCUCUAGUGAAGGAGCAGUGGAUACUGACUGCCCGGCAGUGCUUCUCCUCCUGAACCCACAGCACGGAGAACCAGGCCUACAGCGGGUCCCAGUAGCCAAGAUGGUGUGUGGGCCCUCAGGCUCCCAGCUUGUCCUGCUCAAGCUGGAGAGAUCUGUGACCCUGAACCAGCGGGUGGCCCUGAUCUGCCUGCCCCCUGAAUGGUAUGUGGUGCCUCCAGGGACCAAGUGUGAGAUUGCAGGCUGGGGUGAGACCAAAGGUACGGGUAAUGACACAGUCCUAAAUGUGGCCUUGCUGAACGUCAUCUCCAACCAGGAGUGCAACAUCAAGCACCGAGGACGUGUGCGGGAGAGCGAGAUGUGCACGGAGGGACUGUUGGCCCCUGUGGGGGCCUGUGAGGGUGACUAUGGAGGCCCACUUGCCUGCUUUACCCACAACUGCUGGGUCCUGGAAGGAAUUAUAAUCCCCAACCGAGUAUGCGCAAGGUUCCGCUGGCCAGCCAUCUUCACGCGUGUCUCUGUGUUUGUGGACUGGAUUCACAAGGUCAUGAGACUGGGUUAGGCCCAGCCUUGACGCCAUAUGCCUUGGGGAGGACAAAACUUCUUGUCAGACAUAAAGCCAUGUUUCCUCUUUAUGCCUGUA